AUGCGGAGCCUGAAUUCCCGCAUCCUACAGGGCUGGAGAACAAAGAAGUCAAAUAUAAGAGUGGAUGCAGAAGCCCGAGCCAGAGAAGUGAUAAAAGAGGACUAUCAGAAACUGGGUCCAACAAAGUUUGCAGAACAGGCAAUUUUCUUCUUCUUCUGCAUGUUUGCGAUUAUGCUUUUCUCCAGGGAUCCUAAAUUCAUUCCAGGUUGGGCAAGCUUCUUUGCACCAGGGUUUAUCUCAGAUGCGGUUACAGGAAUCACCAUUGUCAUUAUACUGUUCUUCUUCCCUUCUCAAAAACCUUCCUUCAAGUGGUGGUUUGACUUGAAAGCACCAAACACUGAGACACAACCCUUGCUGACUUGGAGGAAGGCCCAAGAGACAGUGCCCUGGAACAUCAUCUUGCUGCUUGGAGGAGGCUUUGCCAUGGCGAAGGGCUGUGAGGAGUCUGGUUUGUCUGUCUGGAUAGGAGGCCGUCUGCAUCCCUUGGAGGGCGUACCACCGCCUGUGGCUGUCAUCCUCAUCACAAUUGUCAUCGCCUUAUUCACGGAGUUUGCCAGCAACACAGCCACUAUUAUCAUCUUUCUGCCUGUCUUGGCAGAGCUGGCCAUUCGUCUGAAAGUAAAUCCCCUCUAUUUAAUGAUACCAGGAACUAUAGGAUGCUCCUACGCAUUCAUGCUGCCAGUCUCAACACCUCCUAACUCAAUUGCAUUUUCUUCUGGACACUUGAUGGUCAAGGAUAUGGCAAGAACUGGGUUGCUCAUGAAUCUUAUGGGAGUUCUCCUUCUUAGUUUGGCUAUGAACACAUGGGCCAAGAGCAUCUUCCAGCUGGGGACCUUCCCUGCAUGGGCCAACAUCCAUGCAGAAAAUGCCACCUCACUCUUGACAGCUGUAGAAAAUGUCACUUUAACCGCACUAAAUAAAAUAUGAACAAAGCCA